AUGCCUCAUCCAGGGUGGUGCAACCACUCGCGCAGGGAGGGAGAGACAGUCGGCGAUCUGCGCCGCGCAGAUGAGCUCCGCCUCGUCUGCGUCGAGGACGUCCACCGCAGGGCUAUCAUAGCGCCAUAUGACGCACUGCCUGUUGUUCAUUACUUCGCAGGUGCCAACGUCGAGGACAAUCUCACUGGUGGCGGCUGCACUCCCGGCCGGCGGUAG